AGGUGGCCAAGCCAAAGCCACGGCAAACCACAAAGCGGAAAAGGACGGCUGACAAGUCCACAAGUACAAGUGACCCAGUUAUUGAAGAUGAUCAUGUUCAAGUACUGACUUUGAAAUCCAAAAACCUUGUUGGAAUCACCUUGACCAAUUGUGGAAUAACAGAUUUGGUACUGAAAGACUGCCCCAAAAUGAUGUUCAUACAUGCUACAAGGUGCCGUGUAUUGAAACACUUAAAAGUAGAAAAUGCACCAGUUGUCAACCGGUUUGAUUACGCCCAGUGCAAGAAGUUAAACAUGGAUCAGGUUCUGGAUCAGAUUCUCAGGAUGCCGCCAGAGAGAAACCGGAUCAUUUAUCUUCGUCCAAUGCAGCAGGUUGACACGUUGACUCUUGAGCAAAAGAUAUUUAGUGGCCCUUAUCCGUACCACAUUUGCAUAAUUCAUGAAUUCAGUAACCCACCUAAUGUCCGCAAUAAGGUGCGCAUUCGGAGCUGGAUGGACACAAUAGCAAAUAUCAACCAAGAGCUUAUUAAAUAUGAGUUCUUCCCUGAAGCUACACGAACUGAUGAAGACCUGAAGAAAUACACUAAGUACCCUUGGGGACGAGAUAUUUACACUCUAGAAGGCAUUGUGGAUGGCGCCCCUUACUCCAUGAUUACUGACUUCCCAUGGUUGAGAUCACUGAGAACAGCAGAGCCUAACAGCUAUGCUAGAUAUGACUUUGAGGAUGAUGAGAGAACUACUAUUUAUGCACCGCGAAGGAAAGGACAAUUGUCUGCAGACAUCUGUAUGGAAACAAUUGGAGAAGAGAUCUCUGAACUGCGCCAGAUGAAAAAAGGUGUAUUCCAACGUGUGGUGGCUAUCUUCAUCCAUUACUGUGAUGUCAACGGUGAACCAGUAGAGGAUGAUUACAUUUGAGUGGAUACCCUCCCUGACCUGUUAUCUCUUCCUAAAUUAUGAUUGGCACUGCCGGCCAAGAAAGCAGGUGGAUUCUUUCCGAAUGCAAAGCAUUUUCUUGAAACACGUAUUUUGCAGUUGCUCUCACACAAUUUGGAAAAGAGUAUGUAGUAAAUGUAUAAUGAAAAGUAAAAAUUGUAUACUAAGAUUUGUACAUAGAGGAAACAAAAGAAAAACUUCCUAAUACUGAGACUUUAUUUCAUAUGUUUAUACAAUUUAAUUUAAAUUCCAUUUUAAUGAAGGCCAAUAAUUAGGAACAGGGAAGAAUAUUUGAAUUUUUCAGCCCAUACAAAUCAUAGUAUUUUUUUUCUUAUAAACAAAAUCCCAUUUGCUGUGUUCAAAAGAGUCAUCAGUCUCUUUUAAUCUGUGCCUUUUUCUUGAGCAUUUAAGAGUCCAGUCUGAGUAAACCUGUUGAG